UAACAACAAGUUGAUAUAAUGAAUUUUAGUAUAACUAUAUUAUAUGCCAGCGAAACCGGAACAGCUCAAGAUGUGGCCGAACAAAUCUGGAAAAGUGCCAAAAGGAAAGGAUUGAACAGCACAGUAUCUGCAUUAGAUGAUUAUGAUUUAAUUCAUUUUGGUUUGGAAGAUGUAAUGGUCUUUGUUGUUGCGACAACUGGGCAAGGAGAUCCUCCUGAUAAUAUGAAACAGUUCUGGAGAUUUUUGUUACGCAAAAGUCUUCCUCCUUCUAUGCUUAGUAAUGUUAGAUAUGGCGUCAUUGGUCUUGGGGAUAGUUCGUAUAAAAAAUUUAAUUUCGCUGCUAAAAAGCUUAAUAAAAGACUAGCACAACUUGGCGGAAUAGAACUGUUGCCGAUAGGUCUAGCGGAUGAUCAACAUGAUUUAGGUAUAGAUGCCGUUCUUACUCCCUGGGUAAAGAAAUUUUGGGAAAAGAUUGCUUCUAUUUAUAAUAUUCCUGAGAUAAAUAUUAAUGAUAACGUUGAAGGAAUAAUUGAAAGAUACAAGGUUACUUUACUUGAUGAUAGUAAAGAAAAAUCAUUAAUGGAAACAGUUCAUUAUUUGGAGACUGAUAUUUAUACACGAGAAAUGGAUCUAAAAGAUGAAAUGAAACUAGGUACUGUUAUCGAAAAUACAAGAACUACUGCUGAAGAUCACUUUCAAGAUGUUAGAUUAAUUAAAAUUCUAAAAGAAGAUAUUAUGUACGAACCAGGAGAUAUAAUUUAUGUAAGACCAAAGAAUUCUCUAAAACAGAUAGAAAAAUUCUUUAAAGUACUGAAUGACAAUAACAUCCUACUUUAUCCUGAUAUGAUUGUUCAAGUGUCGGAAAAAGAAAUAAAAGUACCUUAUGUUUUAAGACAAACUUUAACCCUUGGAGAAAUUGUAGCACAGUAUUGGGAUUUGUCAUACAAACCACGAAGAUCUACCUUUGAAGUAUUACAUCAAAUUAGCGAAAAUGAUUUGGAAAAAGAAAAGCUUCACGAAUUCACCAUACCCAGUGGUCAAGAAGAAUUAUACAGUUAUGUUAAUAGACCACGAAGAAAUAUUAUUGAAGUUUUAGCAGAUUUUCCGCAUACUACGAGUAAAUUAAAUAUCCAAAUAUUAUUUGAAAUCAUGUCACCGAUUAAACCACGUGCUUUUAGUAUUGCAUCAAGUAUGAGAAGUACAAAAAAUGAAAUACAUAUAUUAGUUGCCGUUGUUAAUUAUAAAACAAAACUAUUAGAACGUAGAUUAGGGCUAUGUUCAAAUUGGCUAGCAAGUUUAAAAGUUAAUAGUAAAAUCAUCUUUUGGAUGCGUAAAGGAACUUUUAUUUUUCCAUCAAACGUGCCAAAAAUUCUUAUUGGACCUGGUACAGGCGUUGCACCAUUUAGAUCGUUACUUUUAGAGAAAGCUGCCACAAAACAAGAUCUCAGCGCAUGUUUAUUAUUUUUUGGAUGUAGAUACAAAGAAAAAGAUUAUCAUUGUAAAGAAGAUUUCAUUGAUUUAGCCAGGACAAAUGGUCUAAAAUUGUUUACUGCCUUUUCUCGAGAUCAAGAGGAUAAAAUAUACGUGCAACAUAUUAUACGUGAAAAUAAAUCAUUGUGCUGGGAAUUUCUUCAAAAUGGCGCUAAUAUUUACUUGGCGGGCAUUUAUAAAAAUAAUUAAUAUUUAUGUAUUAUAGGUAGCGAACCUGUACGUCUUUCACCAGGUUGGGAAGGAACUGGAAGACCUGACGACGAAUUAAAUUUUAAAGGUGUAACUAUGGAUCAAGCCGAUUUAGAAAUAAAUCCUCCAAGUGACAGAUUAAAUUUAGUGUUUUCGAUACUAGUACUUCAUGGAAUUGGUAUUUUAAUGCCAUGGAAUAUGUUUAUAACAGCAAAAGAUUAUUUUGUCAAUUAUAAGUUAUCCAAAGAAUAUACAGAUAUUGAGAGUAAUUAUUCGACACAUUUUCUCUCAUAUCUGGGAUUUGCUUCGCAAAUUCCAAACUUGUUAUUUAAUUGGUUAAAUAUAUUUAUGAAGCUCAGUGGAAAUUUAACAACACGUAUAGCAUGGAGUAUCUUUACACUAGUUCUUAUAUUUGUAUUUACCGUUAUAUUGGCAAUGACAGAUAGUUCUAAAUGGCCUGGGGUUUUCUUCUGGAUUACAAUGGUUUCCGUUGUAGUGCUAAAUACUGCUAAUGGAAUUUAUCAAAAUUCGGUAUUCGGAAUGGCUGCUAAACUUCCUAGCAAAUACACAGGGGCUGUUAUUUUGGGUUCGAAUAUAUGUGGAACGUUCACAGCUUUAAUCAAUCUUAUUUCUCAAAUUAUGGCACCAAAUGCGCGAACUGCAGCUAUUUAUUAUUUUAUAACAGCUUUAUUUAUUCUUCUAGCUUGUUUCGACACAUAUUUUGCUCUUCCCUUAAACAGAUUUUAUAGAUACCAUGAAUUACUCAACCAGAAGGAGUUGAAUAAAAGACAAUUGGAAAGUAGUGCAAGAGGGAAAACAGAAAAAAUACCUUAUUGGAAAAUAGUAUCACAAUGCGCACCGCAACUUUUAAACAUAUUUCUUGUCUUUUUUGUUACUCUUGCUUUAUUUCCUGCUGUUCAAUCUGAUAUAAAAGUAUCAAACACAGAUUUUAUAAUUUCACCUGAUUUUUAUGUUAGCGUUAUGUGUUUUCUGACUUUCAACAUUACCGCUAUGAUUGGUAGCUCCAUUGCAUCUAUCGUUCAAUGGCCUAGCGAAAAAUAUCUGAUAAUACCAAUUAUUUUACGAAUAUUCUUCAUACCGUUGUUUCUUUUCUGUAACUAUCGACCGGCGGAAAUAACAAGAUAUCUGCCAGUGUUUAUUACAAAUGAUUGGGGAUAUUUGGUUAUCGGCAUUUCGAUGGGUAUCUCUCAUGGUUACCUUUCAUCUAUUGCAAUGAUGUAUUGCCCCAAAAUGGUAGAUCAACAAUACUCCUCAGUAGCUGGUAUGUUUGGUGCAGCUUUACUGAUUACUGGUAUUUUUAGUGGAGUCUUGUUUUCUUUUGUUAUGCCAAUGAUCAUAUCUUAGAGAGCAUUGGAUAUUUUAUCAUUGGAUAUUUUGACAUUUAUCGACAAACAUCGUUUGGAAUUAUUUUCUAAGAUUUCAGUUAAUGCCAAAGAUCGUUAUUAUUUUAAUUCAACAUUUUGUGUUACUAAUUAGAAAUGAAUGAAAAGAUCAAAGGUACAUGGUUAUUAUCACAAAUAAUAUAUUUCGAUAUAAUAACUUGUUCAAAAUAUCAUAAUAAAUUGGACCAAUCAGCCUUAAUGAGGACAAAAUUAUAUAUGUCAUAUUAGGUUCUACAGAAAUGCCUGAAUUAAAUAUUACAAAGCCGCUGGAAAGUAAGCACAUAAUUUCAAUUUCUCUAAAUUCUACGAUUAAGUAAUUCCAACUGUGAAAUGAAAUUUAAAACGUAUCAUCUCUCGUUUCAUAAAAACAUUUUUUUCUUUUUUAAAUAGAACGAUCUGAAGCAACAAAAAAAUUGUUAAUAGAAACAAAUUUUGAACAAGCAUUUAAACUGCUGUUAUUUGUAUUUUAAAAUUACACAUCACACAUGUUUAAUAAAUAUGUCGAGUACCCAUCAUAAAUCGGAUUUGUUUCCUGUGAGGCCCAGAAUUCAAGUUCGACUGUCGUUUGACAUAUUAAUCAAUAAUAUAUCUACGCUUAUAAUUAAUCUAUUUGCUUUAAUACUAUAAAUGAGAUUAUUUUAUGUAACAAUUUUCUUUUAUCUAACUUUUAAUUUCGAUAGAGGAGCCCCCAUGGAAACAACAAAGAUUUAGGUGGACUUAGUGUUCGACUAUUACAAUACCCCUUUAUGUAUUUGCAUGCUAGGAGAUGAAAUAGAAGAAAUUGAAUUAUUAAUAAAUUUAUAGUUUGUGAUAUGAAUGUUAAUAAUAUUAUACACUCAUAAGGUUGUAGUGUUUUAUAUAUUUUUACUUUUUAUUUCUUGUUGAUUAGUCAUUUGUAAUUGUUCUACUUAUUUUCUUUUUUUAUCUUUGUUACACAUAAAUGUGACACUUAUUUUACACGAAAAUAUACUCAAUAGCAGCAGCAUCAUAAUAUGUUCUUAGAUAAUCAUUAUGAAGGAUAACAUCACAAGUUAUCUUUUUUUUUUAAAAAGCCAUUAUAAGUGACCAAACAUAGUACAUAAGAAAAUAGUAAAAUUAAUACGAAUAUGUCUACGCGACUGUAUUAUUCUAUACGAGUAAAUGAUUCAUGAUAAAACAGACAAUAAUGUUACAUAAUACGCAUGCAAAAUUAAUAAUGAAAAAAGUAAAAAUUAUUAUAAACAGAUAGCCAUCUUUUUUUUUCAAACAAUUUAGAUAUCACAUGCUUGCAUUUUUUUACAAGUCUUAAGAUCAAUCAAGAAAUUUACAUUAUUUUCAUAAUAUGGCAAUCGAAAAAAUUUCUUACACGACGAUAAUAUUAAUAACAUUUCGAAAGAAUAAAAGUACCAAAGAACAUGUAAUAAUUCAUGACUUUACAUGAUACUUUAUAGAUUUUUUCUAUAUAAAAAGUAGAAAUGGUACGUUGAAGAUGAAAUUGAAACAGAGAUUUACAAUAUAUAGUAAAAAU